CACCAAGGUCAUUCAUGGUUAACGCUUGUGGUGAGUGGGUAUUUUCAUCCUCGAAACCGUAGUCAUGUUUCUGUUUACAACACACAAGACAUGACUUUAUGUUCUUUCUUUCGUCGCUCGAUCCAUUUAACAAUACUUGGUGGAUUGUUGACUUAUAUAUGUCGAUGAAUAUUAGUCGAAAGUAAUACUGCCGCUUAGAUCUAAUACUAAAUCUAAUCUGCAGCGUUUUUGAAUAGUAACUAAUCCAUUCUCUAGACAAAAGAAAUUCCAUAUAUUAUUUGAACCAGUCCAUAUACCUUCAUAGCACUUAAAUCUGCUGCAGGAUUGAAAAUGUUUGUAUUAUGUACAUUAUAUGUUUCGCUCCUUUAAAAACUCACCGAGUUGAUUUUUAUCAUGACUUCUACAGCUUCGUUAUUUGAAAGUGUUUUUUAGUCCAUAUCCAUGUCGUCUCAGAAUACAACCAAACUAUAAAGGUCCCCUAUUAAUCAUUAUUUAUUUGAACACAUAAAUAUUGGUACAAGGAGGAACCAGAUACAUAUGCACCAAACAAAUUUCGUUUGAUAUGUGUGAGGGCUGUGGUACUACCCGGGUGCCCAAACCAAAGCAGGUGGUUUUUUAGGGGGGGGCACACUCGGAGCCUUCGACCUGAAGGUCUGAUCUACAAGGCAGUGAAGCAUCGUAAGGAUAUGCAGUCCUAUGGUGGCCCGUGACCAACAAUUGGUUCAUACGGCAUUUGUUCUCUCAGGGUACUGGAGCCCAUGUACACCAUUGGUUUGGAAUCAAAGAUUUUCAACUCCUCUAGGUGGGAUCUCCGUGUCCACCAACCCAGUUGAAUUACCGGACAUUCGCUUUUCAUCCUCUCAAUUUCGUAAACAACACCCCGUCACGAGGAGGCAGUGAGUAGGACUUCACUGGCAGUGGACGUAUGCGCAUGGCCAUGUGGGCGUUUGGAGAGGGAGAGCGGACUCUCCCCACUCUCAGCCGUACCAGGGCAUGUGGGGACAUGAGGUUCCCGGACAAAGUGUGAUCCUCAUUUUACAGACAUGUGCUUAAAUUUCUGAUGAAACUCCUUGGUUCUUUAAAAUUCUCCUUUGUAGAUACUAGUGAGUUUGGCGUGGAUAAAAUCCUCAUAGAAAUCGUCAUUCUUAACAUUUCAUGCAUUAGAGAGGUCUUUUUGGAGUACUUUUAAAGGUCAUUAUUUGAAACAAGCCAGAACACCAUAUAUAGUGACUAAUUUUUUAGGAGAUACAUGAAAUAAAACGGGUUGUCCUAUAGGACAGUCGAAUUCUUACCUCAGUCAAGAUCUAUGUUAAGUCCUUUUUUAUUCCACCAGGCCUGCCUGUGGAUUUAAAAUUUAGUUACUUUUUGGUAACUGGUGGAGGACAGUAUUAAUAAAUUAACGACAACGAGGUCAAUGCUAUGACUAUCGUCCCGAAGAUCUCUGGGUUUCAGUUUUUCGUUGUCACCUCUUGAAUUAUUCUCGACUAGCAUUGAGUUCAGAACUGUUUUUAUCACUCCCGAACUUUAUACUGGCUGGCUGAAAUCAACUUACUGACCACACUUAGUUCUUAAAGGAUUUAGGAAGCACUAUAUAUUCAUGCUACAAGAAAUUUAAGUCAUCGUUAAUAAAGUUUAUCAUCCUACUUAGAAAGCUAUAACAUUAGCUCAAACACAGUUUAGGUCGUGGUUUCAGGGAAUCGGUAAUCUUCAAUAAUCGUUGCUGUCAGGAAAAGAGGUGAAGUGAAAGAUCAAUGGUUUCUAAAAAAGAAAAAGAAGGGAAACAGAAAAAGUUUGUUGGGGAACGAGGCCAGCUCCUCCUUGUGGGUGUGAGAAACCUCAAGCAUACUGUGUUUAAAAUUUGAUGGAAUUUCAAACGUGUGAAAUAGUAUUAGUUGUGGGAUUAUAGCUAUAAUUCAAUCUGUCAGCUAAAUAACUACUAUGAAUUUAAGCACUUACUAUAAAAAGUCUUGAUAUUCCAAGUAUGAGUUAGUGAUUUUGAUUUGUAAUAAUUAAAAAUAAUCACAUGUCUAAAAUAACAUCUAGCUAAACUUUCUUGCUUUUAAAUCGCUGAAAAUGGGACUCUUCAUAAACUCAGCAAUAGCAAUACAACUAUAUUAUAAUUAAGUGUAAACCAUUAUUUAGCAUAACAUCAUUGUGCAAACUCCAUAGUAUUGUUUAUAAAGUCCUCACGAAAAUGUUGCAUGUUAUGAUAGGAUAAAACUGUUUGGUGAAAAUCUAUUCAUCAUUAGACGCUUUUGUAUUCAUUUUGAAGUUUACCAAUUGUUCAGUACAAAAAGUAGACUUUAUUUAUUUAUUUAUUACAUUCUUGUUAGUUGUUUGUUGAGUGCUUUCCACUCCAUCGGUUUAUAGCCUGAAAUACACAUAUCUUCGUAGAUCCAAAAUACGUGCGAACACUUCAAAUUUAAUAGAUACAUUUUCCUGCAAAGUACAAAAUAUUAUGUCAUACUUGUUUGAUCGAUCAUAUGCUUAUGAUAAUUAUUCUUUUCCAAAUUAAAGCAUACCUUCUUAUUGAAUAACUCAAUGAAUCCUAAUUAUCCUAACGGUCCCAUAGGAUAUGGAUGGGGAUUUGGUCAAAAUGCUACUACUACUUCACUGUGGGAACAACCGCAAAUUGGAUUCUGCUUCGAUUCACCAAAUCCUCAAAUUCCUGAAGCUUGUCCACCUCCCAUUCAAAACCCCGGAGUUAUUGGCUUCGCUUAUGAUCAAGCGGUAGCAAAUCCACCUUUAGUGUCCCCAGUAUCUUCCGGUCGUUCACAAUCCAACUCAUCUACAGAUAGAACCUUUAAUGUUACAUCACCGAGACUAAAUGUCCCCCCAUCCAUCGAAGCCAUGCGACCUAAAUCAUACAUUAAUUAUUCGGAUGAAUCGUUUGCACCAUCUGCUCCUCCUGAAUCCAUUUCUCCUCAUAGUGAAUCAGUGAAAUUUAUUACAAUCACUAGAAAGGAUUCAAAAAAAUCCGACACAACAUCUAAAACUAUAACCAAUACUAAUGAUCAACACAAUCAACGACGUGAUAGUUAUCAAGAUUCAUUAAAAGAUAUGGCUGCUCUUAUGACUGAUGUUGAAUUAACCGAUGAUAUGAUCAAUGGUAUGCGUAAACGUUUUGAUUUACAUAAUUGAUUAUAAUGAAAUCUUUCUUUUUUUGGAUCCCAUAUUGAUUUGUUUUUAAUGUUAUUCUAUAUUUCCUAUCAAAUGACCUGAAAAAAACAAACAAAAUACUCCUAUCAACAAUGUAGAUUACUUUUUGUUUAUAAGAGAAAAGUCAUCAUUUGUUUUUUGCUUCAUUCUUGUUUUACUAAUGCUGUCACACUAAUUAUUGUCGUUUAAUCCACAUGAUAGAGUUGCUUUCUUCCCUCCCCCCUCGCUUAUGGAUUAACUUUAUUUAUUUAUUUAUUUUGUUACUUUGUUUACUGUGAUUAUUGAUUGUUUAUCAUAAUUUACUAACAGUGAAAUCAAUUGUCAUGUAUUUGUUGUUGUUGCCUGUAAAAUAAAAUAGACUGGUAUUUCAGCUUGAUUCCCAACUUUCGUCUGUCUUAUCUGUUUCUAUGUCUUAGAUUUUUCUAGAAGGGUGUGGAGGCCUAUAUAAACCAUUGAUCUGUUUCCGAUUCAAGUUUGUUGGGCUUGCCUAUCGUGAUAAAGCAAUCGAACUAUAGUGGCUAGAAAAAUCGUUCCUCAAGGUCCUACCAUGCCAGACAGGUCGAUUGAAGUGCGGUAAGACUAAAAGCAACAAACUCAAGGUCUGGGGGUGAAGUUGUACCGCUAACUGUACAGAGGUGUGGCGGUAGUAAGGUGUUUCCCUCAGACAACCAGCAUAACAGCGAUACUGCCUUCCCACAAGGAGGGGUGGGGUUAGAAAAGGUCGAUCUUAAAGUUAGGAGCGGCCAAACCAAAACGUGGUAUCAUUAACUUUUAGUCUGAGCCAUUCUGUUAGAUUGAAGACUACUUCGUUGGGGUCCAUGUGACUAUCAAAACCAAUGGUUUGCAACUCUGAAUGACAUAUCACAGAAUCGAUCACAAUGGCGUAGGUGUAUAUACUCUUUGUCUCCCCUUAAACCAUGAGAUUAAAAUCGCUUCAUAUCUUUCUUUCUACGAACUAACUCUUUCUUCCUGCACUAUAUCUUUAUAUGCAAUCUUUCUUUUAUAUAUUACCACCAUCGAAUUAACUACUUGUAUGAAUUUGGUGUUCAUCUUGCUGUGCUAAUGAGGUAUGGCAACUUGGACCGAUGCAUAUAUGUGCCUGGUUCUACGUUGUAGCUGAUUGACUGUAAGUAACAAUUAGUUUACUCAAAUUCGAUUGUUUCACAAGCCUAAAGUUUCGAUUAAAGGUAAAAGAGAGAGAGAGAGUUCGUCAGUAGCAGCAGCAGUGAAGUUUCACUCUGAAACAUAUUAUGAAUAAAAUAAGAACAAAGAUUCGAGCGAAAUAACAUGAAUUCAUGUUAUUUCAUUCGCUUCUCAUCAACUACUUACAACAAUGUAACAUUAAAAAAUGAUAAACACAUCAUGAAUUGAAAUUAUUUACAUGAAAGAGUGUAGUUAGAAGUUACUAAUUAUAGACACAUCAGUAGUAUAGUAUAGUAAGGAUGCCAAUAAAUUUAAUAAGCUAAAUAACAUACAAAUAUGUCUUAUGUAAGAGAACAUUCUACAAUAUUUAUAGUAAUAAAAGAUCAAAUACUUAGAAACAAGUCGGUUACUCAAUGACAAUAAUUAAGAAUGAAGUGAUUAAGAGUCCGUUAAUUAAAAUAAAAUUAUCAAUCUAGAAAAGAGUCAAAAAAUGCAAUACUGUAAUUGACUGAAAGAGAGUUAAACAUAAUCCUAUGGUCACUUGUAGUCCUAAAACAACAAUGGGAAGAUAUAAGUUAAACAACACCAAGUGAAUUUAAAAACUUCACCAUUGCACAAGCAAGUGGUUAUCAGAACUCAGUAACUAAGUGGAUAACACGAUGGCGUUUGAAGCGAACAGCACUGGGUUCGAGUCCCAGAGUGAACAUGAAAUGUGGGAUACAGGUACAUCCGGCUGACGAGUCUCAAAUAGGACGACAUAGGAGAGUUGGAAAACCCUCAUUACAAACCAAUGUGCAAAUGGGCUCCAGUAUCCUGAAGGAACAAAUGGCGUAUGAACCAAUUAUUGAUCACCGACUACCAUGGAACUGCAUCUCCUUAAGAUGCUCCACUACCUUGUGGAUCAGAC